AUGGACAAGCUCAAGGAAAAGAUGAACUCGCUGCGGCUCGAGACCGAUGCUGCCCAGGAGAAGGCCGACGAGGCUCUUGAGAAGGUCAAGGCCCAGGAGCAGGAGCUGCUCCAGAAGGACCACGAGAUCCAGGCUCUCACCCACAAGAACUCUCUGCUGGAGGAGGAGGUUGAGAAGCUUGAGCAGCAGCUCUCAGAGUCCAAGGACGCCGCCGAGGAGGGCGCCACCCAUGGUGCUGCCAACGAGGGUCUUUCCAAGAAGCUGGCCAUCCUGGAGGAGGAUCUGGAGAACUCUGACCGAAACCUGCGAGAGACCACUGAGAAGCUGCGACAGACCGACGUCAAGGCCGAGCACUUUGAGAGAAAGGUCACCUCUCUCGAGCAGGAGCGAGACGACUGGGAGAAGAAGCACGAGGAGCUGCUUGAGAAGUACAACGCCGCCAAGAAGGAGCUGGAGGAGAUCACCCAGCAGCUCGAGAGCAUCUAG